AGGUGGGUGCGGGGCGCCGCGGGCCGCGCCGGGCCGGGCCGGGACCCGGGACGCGGGGCGCCGUGCACCUGCCCGCCCCGCACCUAGGUUUGUGCAGCCUGCAAAUCUGGCGCGGUUCCCCUUGAAUCAACCAGAUAGGAGGAACAUCACUGAACCGCUUCAUCAGGUUGCAGAUUCCCAGGUGGGCAUAAUAGUCUCUCCUUUCUGACGGCAGGACUUGCUGGUUGCCAUGCUAAUGCUGCUCGCCUUUGGAGUGCUGCUGCAAGAAAGCCUGGCCGGUCCCCAAGAUGCAAAUCUCUCUGAAGUCGGAAACCUUCCAGAAACGCCGUUAUAUAGCUACGAAAGUCUCAACUUGCCAGAGGAGCAUAUUCCAUACUUUCUGCACAACCAUCGGGCUCUUGCUGCAGCCUGUAAGCAGGACUCGCGUUGCCCAUAUAAAAAAUCCUUGAAGAAACUAAAAUCCUGCUGGGGCUAUGAGAAAUCUUGCAAGCCAGAGCACAGGUUCAGUUACCCGGGGUGUGACUAUGUUGAAACCGGAUGGGCGAACAGCAUUGAGACGGCUCAGCAGAUUUUCUGGAAACAAGCUGACUUUGGCUACGUCAGAGAGCGGUUGGAUGAAAUGAGAACCCACUGCAAGCCAAUGGAAAUGGGGGAUUCCUCGCUUACCUGUUCACAGUACCUCCAGUAUUGCAGAGCUACCAACCUGUACAUAGAUUUGAGGACUGCCAAGAGGAGUCAUGACAGGUUCAGGGAGGACUUUUUCCAGAAAGGAGAAAUCGGUGGCUCUUGCAACCUUGAUGUUCGAGCGUUCCUGGCAGAAGGUCAGCGCAAGAGCCCUCUGCAGUCUUGGUUUGCUGAACUCCAGACAUUUACUCCCCUGAGUUUCAGACCCAUAGAAGACGGGAAAUGCGACAUUGUUAUUGAAAAGCCAACUUACUUCAUGAAAUUAGAUGCAGGUGUCAAUAUGUACCAUCACUUCUGUGACUUCGUCAAUCUUUACAUCACCCAGCACGUUAACAACUCUUUCGGCACUGAUGUCAAUGUUGUCAUGUGGGAUACGAGCUCGUAUGGUUAUGGAGACUUGUUCAGUGAGACAUGGAAGGCAUUUACGGACUACGAAAUAAUACACUUGAAAACGUUUGACUCCAAAAGGGUGUGUUUCAAGGAAGCAGUCUUUUCGUUGUUGCCUCGAAUGCGCUAUGGCUUAUUUUAUAAUACGCCACUGAUCUCUGGCUGUCACGGUACUGGGUUAUUCAGAGCAUUUUCCCAGCACGUGUUACACAGAUUAAAUAUCACACAAGAAGGACCCAAGGAUGGGAGAAUUCGAGUCACGAUACUUGCACGCAGUACAGACUACCGGAAAAUACUGAACCAGAAUGAGCUUGUCAACGCUUUGAAGACGGUCUCAUCAUUUGAGGUCAAAGUAGUAGAUUAUAAGUACAAGGAACUUGCAUUUUUAGAGCAGUUGAGAAUCACACACAACUCCGAUAUAUUCAUUGGCAUGCAUGGAGCUGGACUCACCCAUCUGCUCUUUCUCCCAGACUGGGCUGUCGUUUUUGAGCUGUACAACUGUGAAGAUGAACGGUGUUAUCUGGAUUUAGCAAGGCUCAGAGGUGUUCACUAUAUCACUUGGCAAAAAAAGGACAAAGUCUUCCCUCAGGAUCAGGGACACCACCCGACACUGGGGAAACAUCCAAAGUUUACUAACUACUCCUUCGAUGUGGAAGAAUUUAUGUACCUUGUGCUUUUGGCUGCCAAUCACGUAUCACAGCAUUCGACGUGGCUGUUUAGGGUAAAACAUGAUGAAUUCUAGGUCAGAUUCCAGAUUUAAAAUUAUUUAAAAUAACACUCUUAUUUUUAUGAGCAAAAUAGGAAAAAAAAAAAGCUGGUGGAUAUAAAUGUAUAUUAAUUUUUAGGGGGAGGGGAACCCCCAUUAUCCACUGACAAAAAUGCUCUGAAUGUUCAGUAUUGUUAUAUCUCAUCAGUUCUAAGGUUUAUUAUAGGAGUCUUUGUCUGUAUGUAAUGUCUAUUUAUCAAGAUUUCUUUUACACUGAUCCCUUGCAUUUCUAAUCGUAAGCUGCUCGUCCUGUGUUUACAAAGAUUUGAACGUCCACCCGUUUCACAUCAGAUUUGUUUUAAUUUUCGUCUUGCAGCAAGUUGUGCGUCCAGAGGAGCAAGCUGGGGCAGGGAGAUUUAACACACGGGUGUUUCUGAAGUCGGUUGUGGUAUGGAGGAGAGUACGGAGGAAAGGCCAACCUUCCUCCUUUGGUGCUGGUAUUGUUUGGCCUUGAAGCUUUUAUGCUGUAGUACCGUACGUGUUACAAAUUAAAUACCUGAGUAGGAAUCGACUUCCUAUCGCUUAUGGGUUUUUAAGCUGUUCCUUUGUAAAAAUACCUGUUAGAAUAAAGCAGUUAAAGUAAACCUUAACAGCCGCUCUUUGAUACAACGUGUACCCAAGGGUCCCAUUUUAAACUUGGAAGCAUUUUCAAGAUGCAGGGUAGCGUGCCUUGCAUGUUUAGUUAAGAGUCUUAAAAGCAGCAGUAGUUCACUUGGCUCUUGCCUCCAAAAAAGAAGACAGUUUAAAAAUUAUUCAAAAGUUCUGGCUUUGGAUUAUGUCAGGCUUCUCUUUCAAAGGGCAGGAAACAUUCGUGGUACAGACUUUUAGGUAGUUGAUAAUUCCAGGGUUUUCAUCGCAUUUCAUGAAAACAGCGCUUCUGGGGCAGAAGGCCGAACAGAAAAUGCUAUUUGUUGUCUGUCUUCAGAUGCUAAAGGGCUGUGGGUUGCGUGGGGCAAAUAUGACAGCAAAUGCAGGUGCUUUGAAUUGGAGUUAUAGUGCAAAAAAAAAUUGUUCCUGUGGUAGGGCCAGUUCUCCAUGGGGUGCUUUCUGUUGGCUUGAAUGGGAUCAAUAUUAAACAAAUGGGGAGAGAUGUUGAAAGUCCUGCUCGUGCAGGUGGAAGUCGGUGGCUUCAGUGGGGGCCAAACAAGGCCUUUAGAAAACUCCCUUUUGAGCUAAGGUCCAGGUCCUGCAGGAGUUCAUGAAGCAUGCCCAUUGACUUCAUUGGGAGCACAGCUAGGUGUACAAACCUGUAGAAGUAUCUGAGGACCGAGUUGGACAGAUACUCGACAGUUUCUUGUUAUACGCUGGAUUUUUCCUGAUGAAUUCCUAUGGCAUUUUUCUUUUAUAAUUGUAUCAUGUCUCAGUGGCUUGAAGCAGAGUAUAUACUUGUAAAAAACCCAAACCUUCUUGCUUUUGCAUACUUGAAGUGUAAACACUUGAGUGAUAUAACCGUAGGUAUUAUUGACUUCCAUUCUCUAACAAUCAUAGGCAAUUUCACAGAGUGUAGAUAAGCUUACUGCCCUGCCUAUAACUGUAAAGAUGAAUUACCAUAAGCAUAACUUUCAUAUAGAUCUCUCCUGACCUUAAGCUGAGUAUAGGAAAAGCGAGAUGGAUUGAAAACAGAAUGCAUUAAGAUAUUUGGUGCAGUUCCUAGAGUCGGGUAUUUGGUGACUGACAGAUAAAGGUAUUUUACUUUUUAAAGAGCUGUGGAAGCAAAAUUGCACUUCUUGACAUGAAAAAUGCCUUAUUGAAAUACAAAUAUUUGAGCAAUACAGAAUGACUGUAUUUUGUAUUUUACCUCAUUUUUUUUAAAAAGGAAAAAAAUGUAUAAAAGAAGACUAAGCCAGUAAAUGUAUCAGGGUUUUGUUUUGUUUUUUAAAUCUUUAAGAACAAGGAAAACUUGUAAGUAUGAAACGUGCAUAAAUAUACGUGGUUUGAGAUUAUAUAAAGAGAGAGUAUUAGUAAAGAACACGUGUUUGUAAGUCGUCUUUGAUCACCGUCUGUCAGGUUCUCGGGGCCUGGCGUUUGUCGAGAAGGAAAAUGUCACUGUGGACCAAAGCAGUGGGACUGGCUGAGCCCCUUGGUGGCAGAUCUGAACAUCUGGGACUGACUUGCCAAUGGUGCACGUGCUUGCAUUGGCUACUCUAUAGCCUGGUACUUUGGCUGGCAGAGGGGACUGUGGGGAUACUGUCCUGGGGCCUCCUUCCAUGAAGACUUGUGUAUAUGCUUGUGGGUGCAGCGGCACAUGUUGUGGAUAGCGUUGGUGACGUGGAUGGCAAUAUGCGGUGUGUAAAUGUAAGCACAUGCACAUCCUGUGGGGUCAUAAACAGUGGCUCCUAUUACUUCUCUGAAGAUCCAGUUCGGCCACAUACUUUGAACCAGGGUGGCUACUAACUUGGGACUUGACCCAGCCAACAAGCCCAAUAGACCAUCCCAAAUUAGCCAUCUUGAGCAGCUCUGGGUUUUAAUAUUGAUACUUAACACAUGGGGAGACUUUUUCUGCCCUGAAGGCCUUGUUUAGUCAAGAGGAAUAUAGCACGAACAUUGCUGACCUUUCUGACUCUCCCUUUUAAAUUUUAAAAGAAAUUUGGCAAUAGGUUGAGGCUGGAUGGGAUUGGAAGAAGCUUCUGUCAGAAACAACAUAACCAGGAACCCAAUUUCUGGGCAAUAUUUGGAUGAUGGUAGGGAUUUGGUUCAGCUGAUCUUUUUAGCAUCUUUGGUUUGAGACAGAGGGAGAGUGAGACUUCGGUCUGGUUGGGAAUCUGAUUUAGAGGAAUCCAAGAUGCCCCAAACCUAUUUUUAUUUUUACCAGGCUUGAGCAUUGGGCCACAUGCAAGGAUUUUGUUCCUUGAUACUCAUUGUGAUAUUUGUCUCCACAAUAUUGUAAUGGAUUUUGCUUCACACUUGGUUGGGUUACUCUCCCUGUGAGCAGCAUGGUGGCAUCUGCAAUAUAAAAUGAAGAUUGAUGUUGCCAGUCUUACAAGUUUCCAAACUUGCAGUGACCAGUAUCUAAUGUAAAUCGAGAUCGGGGUUUGCAAUAAAGAGUCACUUAUGGAUUCACA